AUGCUGCGGCGGUCUCUCUGUCUGUGGGCCCCCACGCCCUGCCGCCUCGGCCGCGGGGUGCUGCUGCCGUGGAAUGCGCGGCCGAGGCCGACGUACGAGACGCACGCCGACGAGUGGAAGUUCCUCGACCGGGCGCUCGCCGCCGUCGCCGCGAUGACCCCCGCGGAGGUCUCCGAGCGGUCGCUGCGGCUCUGCCCCCGCCACCUCCUCCACGAGAUUGAGGACCCGGUGGCCGUCCUCCAGCGCCGCCGCCGGCUCGAACUGCAGCGGCUGCACAAACAACAACAACAACAACAACAACAACAACAGAGGCGGAAGAAGUGUAGACAAGAGGAGAUGGGAGGACAGGAACAGGGGGUGAGUGGAAGACACGUCUAUGCGAGUUCGAUGAAUCCAAAUACAAUGAUCAACGCACAGCCUAAUAAUAAUAAUAAUAAUAAUAACAGCAGCAGCAACAACAAUAGUGGUAAUAAUAAUAAUAAUCGUAACCGAAAGAAGAAGAAUCUUUCUGGGACUUCUGCAACAAUGCGUUCCUCUACGCCUGGAACAGGAAUAAGUGGAUUUGCACCAUCAUCGCCAGCACAAAAAGGAAUGACCAAUAGACAAAUGACACUCUCGCAACGUACUUCAAAGACUACCACUACCACUGUUGCUUCUGCUUCUGCUGCCGUAAUAAGGGAAGAAAAGAAAGAGAUUCGUAACCCUACCGGUAAUGUGAGCAGCGGUGUUAGCUAUAUGAGUAGCAAUAGUAAUAGUAAUGUUACUAGUAAUAGUUGUAAUAGUAGUAAUAGUAAUAGUAGUAAUAUUAGCCAUGGCAGUGGUAGUAAAGGUACUAGUAGUACUGGUAGUAGUGUGGUGGGAACAUGUGGAUCAUCUCUCUCAACAACUGGGGACGCUGUUGGGAUGAAUAAAGUCAGUGUGGGAAAAGAGAAACAACUCGUAAAGGAAGAAGUCUGCCGUCCAAAAGUAGGCAUCUCAACAACGAAUGCCUCUACCACUGUUGAUCCUACUACUAAUACUACGAAUACUACUGUGAGUGUAGGAUCACCAGCUAAGAAAAAGAAAAAGAAGCAACCACGUGGAGAUGGAAAAGAAAGUAAAAGGCGAAGUAAAAUAACUUCUUCAUCAUCUUCUUCAUCUUCCUCUACUGUAGAUACUACUGCUGGAAACGUUACUGCUCCUACUACAGAUCUCUCUGUAAGUGAUAGUACAACAACAAAAGCAACAACAACAACAACGGGUGCGGAGAAGGAUCUUCUUCAAAUGAAGAAACCAGCACAAGGUGGGAAUGCCGUAAAUCUAUGA